AUGUCGGAAGCAUCCAUCAGCAGCUUCGGCGAUGAAUCGGACCCAGAGAAUACAAGCUCGUCCGAAGUUUGGCAGGAUGCACCUCAAACCAGCCCACAAGACGAGCAACCGUCACCCCGGGUUCAGUUUCGAUCAAAUGCGGGUUUCAUGCAAGGCGCUCGGCAUACCCCGCCGGCAGAAGGUCCCCGGGAAGAAUGGGAGCAUGCUCAGAGUCAAGGGGAGCCUCAUCGACCGACAAUGCCAUACUCCCAUGAGUCUGCGGAUAUUGCCGAUACGCCGCCGCAAGAUCGCGAGUCACAGCCAGAUGAGAAAGAUGGCGAGGCAGGCGUCGAAAGGAAAGACCAGCUCAAGCCACCAGAAGAUGAGAAGAAGGAAGAUGAGAAGAAAGAGCCCGAGACUCCCGAACAGCGAUCCACGUUGGAGAGAUGGCGAGCUGUGACCAGGAAUUGGAGACAGAAAGCAUCGAACUUUAGUGACCGUCUGGGUCGCCCACAGGCGGAGGGAGACGACUUAUCAGCCGGGAAGUAUCACGCGGACUGGGCGACCGGUGGUGCAGUUGCCCUCUCUGACAUGACAGAUGAUAAGCAUAAAAGUGUGGAGACGAAGCAACGGGGCCAGAAAGGAACAAGUUCCGAAGCUCAUCGCCUGGUGCGAGAUUUGACCCAAGAUCAUUCGCAAAAACGCCGCAAAGGUCGUGGAAAGCCUUAUCCUCACGCCGGAAACGAGUUUCAAGACGAAGAGAAUGAGACAGGAGCAGAUGCGAGCUUGAGAUACCGCUCUGGCGGCGGUGGGAUCCUGUCGCAGUUGAUUAAAUUGCAAGGUGGUCAGCAACAAGGUGCUGGAGACCAGUCUCGAACAUCAACUGACUCAUCCCGCAGCACAGAAUCAGCCCCCAGCGGGGCCCCAACCCCAGAGCCCAAGAAGGGAAAGCCACUGAAAUGGUAUAAAAAGCCUCAAAAUACGUCAACAUCGACCUUGAUUGGUGGGGGCGCGGAUACCUUCAGUGGUGCAAGCACGCCGGUUUCAAGUGAGAUCCUGUCACAAGCCUCGAAGCGCCGCGACAAAGAGGGUGGUGGUGCUGCUGCCGUAGCCGGCGGUGGUGGUGGCGGUGGUCGCAAUGUGCGGCUUGAGGAUGAAAUUCGAGUGACAGUGCACAUCGCAGAGAUUAUCUGUCGGCAGCGGUAUAUCAUGCAGCUCUGCAGAGCGUUGAUGUUAUUCGGUGCUCCCACGCAUAGACUUGAAGAAUACAUGCAGAUGACCGCAAAGGUGUUGGAGGUUGAUAGUCAGUUCCUAUAUCUGCCAGGCUGCAUGAUUAUGUCGUUCGAUGACCCUUCUACCCGAACGACGGAGGUGAAGCUGGUCCGCGUAGCCCAGGGAAUUGAUUUGGCUCGCCUAUCAGACACACAUCUCAUCUACAAGAACGUGAUCCAUGAUGUGAUCGGCAUCGAAGAGGCCAUUCAGGAGCUGGAUGCAGUCAUCAAGAAAAAGCCUCUGUAUCACAAGGCUCUCAUUGUGUUGGUUUAUGGGUUAGCGACUACAACUGUGGGACCUUUUGCUUUCAGUGCUAGGCCAAUUGACAUGCCGAUCAUUUUCCUCAAUGGUAUUCUUGUCGGUUUAAUGCAACAUGUGGCCGCACCUCGUUCUGUGUUGUAUUCAAAUGUCUUUGAAGUGACAUCGACAGUGCUGACGUCCUUCCUCGCCCGAGCCUUCGGCAGCAUCAGAAUCGGAGUUGCGAAUGGCAAGCCACAGUACCUCUUUUGCUUUUCCGCCAUCGCACAAUCAUCCAUUGCAUUGAUAUUGCCAGGAUUCCUUGUUCUUUGCAGUAGCUUGGAACUUCAGUCCCAUCAGAUCAUUGCUGGCUCGAUUCGGAUGGUCUAUGCUCUCCUCUUCUCGCUGUUCAUUGGAUAUGGAAUUACCGUUGGCACAACCAUUUACGGGCUGAUAGACAACAAUGCGGUAUCCGAGACCACCUGUCCGGACAAGGGCGCCUUCAAAAAUCCUUAUGUUCAACGGUUCCCAUUUGUUGCGGUCCAGACAAUCUGGCUUUUGAUCAUCAACCAAGGAAAAUGGAAACAGCUCCCGCCCAUGAGCAUCAUCGCAUUGGCAGGCUACAUUAGCAACUACUUCAGCACGAAAAAACUGGGAUCUAACUCCCAGGUCGCGAAUACAGUUGGCGCGUUUGUCGUCGGCAUUAUGGGAAACGCGUACAGCCGGUUUUGGCAUGGCCACGCUGCCACCGCUAUUCUACCUGCCAUUUUCAUUCUGGUUCCGUCUGGGCUUGCUGCGACGGGAUCUCUAAUCUCGGGUGUGGAGUCCGCCGAUGAAAUUCGUCAUAACGUCGGGACUCCUGGUGCCAGUAGUUCAGCGCCUGGGGCUGGCUUGCAGUCCAGCAAUUCUGUUUUUAGUCUAGGGUUUGGUAUGAUCCAGGUGGCUAUUGGCAUUACGAUUGGUUUGUUCAUUUCUGCACUGGUGGUUUAUCCAUAUGGAAAGGCCCGCAGUGGACUGUUUAGUUUCUAG